AUGUCGUCUCAAUAUUCUGCCCACAUGUGGAUCGAGCUUUCGAUUGACUCCGAGAGCCUUGAGGUAGACCGCCGCGACCAGACGCACGUUUUAGAUUGCGCCCCGCUUGAUCAUGUCACUCACGUUUUCACCGCGAGUGAUAUACAAGGAUCUCUCAUCGACGCAUCAACGGGACAGCCGUACCGGUCAUUUGUGAUAUCCGCGACGGAUAUGGAACCGGAAAUAGCUCUAUUCCACGAAACGUUUACUACCGUCAGCAAAGAAGACGAUGCUGAGCGUAAAACGGAGGCUGUACAGAGAGCAAACGGUAUGAUGAGUGACAUUAACGAGAUUCUUCAAGAAACAGAAAGCGAAUGGUAUCCUCAAGUUCUCCAAUCUCGGGACGUUGGAGCUUUCAAUAGGCAGGAAAAGCAAGCUUACGAAAGACUCUCCGCUUUGGAGCAGUAUGAAGGGGUGGGCUUUGUCAAGGUACCUCUGGACACCGCUCGCGCCGUGUCGAGAAUCAAACCGGAUCAUAUUGGGGCCGAGGAAUGGGAGAUUUACUUGAGGGAGUGGGAUGCUGCGCGAGGGUCCAGCAGGCAGCAGGAAGAGGGAGGAGGGACGACGUUGUCUCGCCGAUCGAGGUUUUCGCAGAAGUUGAGGACUUUCUUUCGUAGCCAUGGUUAA